GAAGACCUGGCUCAGUUUGGGGGGGCCAUGAUGGACGGGGGGGUUGGGGUUUAUGGAGACCCUCACACGCCACGGCCACUGCAGGUCCACCACCUGAGCCACACCCCUCAGCCACAACACUAUUCACCACACACACCACACAAUUUCCUGUCGAGUGGUGUGGGAGGGGCAGUAAGCGAGGCACUGAAGAAGGACAAGGACCAGGUCUAUGGCCACCCUCUGUUCCCGCUCCUGGCUCUGGUCUUUGAGAAGUGUGAGCUCGCCACUUGUACGCCACGGUCACCGGGUGUGGCCGGAGGUAACCUCUGCUCGUCAGACUCCUUUAGUGAGGACAUCGCCGUGUUUGCCAAACAGAUUCACUCAGAAAAGCCACUAUUCUCCUCAAAUCCAGAGCUCGACAACCUGAUGAUCCAGGCCAUCCAGGUGCUGCGUUUUCACCUGCUGGAGCUGGAGAAGGUCCAUGAGCUGUGUGAUAACUUCUGUCACAGAUAUAUCAGCUGUCUGAAGGGGAAGAUGCCCAUCGACCUCGUCAUCGAGGAUCGAGACAUGUGUAAGGCCGAUUAUGAUCACAUGACCGGAUCCUCCAAUCACCUGGAUGACAGUACUCAGGCGUCCUGGAGGGACCUGGACGACAACCGCUCCACGCCAUCUGUGGGGACCCCGGGGCCAUCCAGUGGGGGACACAUCUUUCAGAGUGGGGACAACAGCAGUGACUUGGGAGACGGACUCGACCAAGGCCUGGCAUCACCUGGGACGGGCGACGAGGACGACCAGGACAAGAAGAGACAGAAGAAACGGGGAAUCUUCCCCAAAGUGGCUACCAACAUCAUGAGAGCGUGGCUGUUCCAGCACCUGACACACCCAUACCCCUCAGAGGAGCAGAAGAAGCAGCUGGCACAGGACACAGGCCUUACAAUCCUACAGGUCAAUAACUGGUUCAUUAAUGCCAGGAGAAGAAUCGUUCAGCCCAUGAUUGAUCAGUCAAACCGAGCAGUGAGUCAGGGUACCACCUACAGUCCAGAGGGUCAGCCAAUGGGAGGCUUCAUCCUGGAUGGCCAGCAGCACAUAGGCCUGAGAGGAGGUCCAAUGUCUGGUAUGGGGAUGAACAUGGGGAUGGAUGGACAGUGGCACUAUAUGUAG